GUUCCUGCUAAGUCCACCCGGGCCUAGCUUCCCCCAACCCCAGUGCAGGCCCGAGUGAGAGGUUCCGGAGCCCGGGUGCGGGCGGGAUUUCGGCGUGGACGCUGCGGGCCAUCCCGCCCCAGGCCGCUCCGCACUGCCUCGGGAGCUUCAGCUGCCCCAUGGUGUGCAGUUCCACAGAUAAGAAUUUCAAGAAAAUCAGAUGGCAUCCGGGGAUUUCUGCUCACCUGGAGAAGGAAUGGAAAUACUCCAACAAGUGUGCAGCAAACAGCUUCCUCCUUGUAACCUGAGUGAAAAGGACCUGUUACAAAACCCACACUUCAGCAAGCUGCUGCUGAGUCUCGCACAACACGUAGACGAGAGUGGCUUAAGCCUCACCCUGGCAAAGGAGCAGGCUCAGGCAUGGAAGGAAGUCCGACUGCAUAAAACAACAUGGUUGAGGUCUGAGAUUUUACAGAGAGUCAUUCAAGAGCUGCUUGUGGACUACUAUGUGAAGACACAAGACACAAAUUUAACUUCUGAGGACAAAAAGUUUCACGAGACCCUUGAACAGCGGCUACUCGUGACUGAACUGACGGGGCUGUUAGGGCCCAGCCGGGAGAAGGAAAUGCCUCCGCUGCUAGGGGUGGAGAAAGCCGACCUUCUGGAGCUCAUGCCCCCCUCAGAGGAUUUUGUGUGGAUGAGAGCUCGGCUCCCGCUGGAAGUAGAGGAGCAGCUCAAGAAGAAAUGUUUCACCCUGCUGUGCUACCAUGACCCCAAUUCAGAUUCAGACAGUGAAACCUUGAAGGCGGCAAAGGUGUGGAAACUGGCAGAGAUCCUGGUGGGUGAGAAGCAGCAAUGCCAGGAUGCCAAGAGCCAGCAGCAGGAGCAGAUGGUGCUGCUGGAGAAGAAGAGUGCCACCUACUCCCAGGUGCUUCUCCGCUGCCUAGCCUUGCUGCAGAGGCUUCUUCAAGAGCACCGGCUUAAGACUCAGUCUGAGCUGGACCGCAUCAAUGCUCAGUACCUAGAGAUCAAGUGCAGUGCCAUGAUCCUUAAGCUGAGGAUGGAGGAGCUAAAGAUCUUGUCUGACACUUACACUACUGAGAAAGUGGAAGUUCAUCGUCUCAUUAGGGACCGUUUGGAGGGGGCCAUCUGCCUACAAGAGCAGGACAUGGAGAAGUCCCGACAGGUCCUAAGCACCUAUGAGGUCCUUGGGGAGGAGUUUGACAGGCUGGUAAAAGAGUACACUCAACUCAAGCAGGCAACUGAGAACAAGCGCUGGGCCCUCCAAGAGUUUAACAAGGCCUGCCGCUGAGCGCUGGCUGGUGGGGGUCUGGAGGUGGACUUCUGCUCCGGUGCUGCCUCCCCCUCCUGCCAAAAGGACCACCUCCACCUGAGGCCCACCUUCACUCCGGAAGUGUGGGGACACUUGCUUGAAGCCCUGCAGUGGUUUAGGCACCGUCCUGGUUUUUCUUCCUUGUUUACAGUGACUGAGUCUCUUCUGGGAAAUGUAACAGAUUUAUAUAAUUUUAUGUGCAACUAUUUGUCAGUGUCAGCCCUAUAGGAUAUUUGAUUACCUCCUGAAUAAAGUGAUGAUGCUUC